AUGGAGACCAAUAACUCUAAGAAUGAUCUAACUUCAAGAACAAACUUUCUCAAUCCUGUGAGAGAUGACAUUUUACAAGAUGCGAGUACAGAUAUACCAGGAUUUGUUGCAGAGGAACUAGAAGAAAGGGAAGAGCUAUAUAGGGAAUGUCAGGGAACAGAUUACGGGUCCAUAGAUAAUGAAGAUGAUUCUAGAGAUGGUGUUGCUUCUUCACCAGUACCGCCUGAUAAAUUGUUAGUCAUUACUUUAUCGAUGUAUUUGGGUAUUUUCCUAGCUGCUGCUGAUGGUACGUUAGUAUCUACAAUUAUGGCACACAUUGCUUCUGAAUUUAACGAAUUACCAAGGAUAUCAUGGAUAGCUACUGCAUAUUUGCUUUCUAGUGCAACUUUCCAACCACUUUACGGUAAAUUAUCAGAUAUAUUUGGUAGGAAACCAUUGUUAAUGUUGAACAACAUAGUGUUUCUUGUUGGAUGCCUCAUGUGUGGAUUAACUCCCAGUUUUUGGGGGUUAGUUGGUGCUAGGUUUAUUUCUGGUAUUGGAGGUGGUGGUGUCACUUCAAUGUGUUCUAUUACAAUUAGUGACAUCGUUCCCCUAAGAGACAGGGCUCUCUAUCAAGGUAUGUGCAAUUUCUUCUUUGGUUUAGGCACUGCAUGUGGUGGUGUUGUUGGUGGUUGGUUUAGCGAUCAUGGUGGUGGUUGGAGAAUGGCAUUUCUCAUACAAGUACCACUAUCGGCAUUGAGUUCUCUUUUAAUAGCUGUGUUCAUGAAAUUGCCCCCAAGAUCCAAGAGAGUCAAUUCUCCUGCUUCAAUUAAGAAUAAACUGUUGUCGGUAGACUGGAUAGGUGCUUCUGCACUUGUUGUGUUUCUGUCGUUAUUCCUUGUUACUGCUUCAUUGGGCGGUAAGGAGAUUGCAUUUAAUUCGAAGACUUUUGUUGCACUUUGCAUAGGCUCUUCAUUGGCAUGUGCAUUUUUCAUUGGUGUAGAGUUAUAUGGAGCUAAAGAUCCUAUUUUACCAUUGUCCUUUCUACGAAAUCGCAGUGUAUUAGGUUCGAGUUUUAGCAAUUGGUUCUGUAUGAUGGCUAUGAUGACUACAAGUUACUAUUUACCCAUUUACUACUCUGGUGUUCUUAAUAUGAACCCUACGCGUGUUGGUAAAAGGUUAAUGCCCAACUUCUUCAGUACCGCCUUGGGGUCCUUGGGAGCAGGAUAUUAUAUGAAGCGUACCGGUAAAUACUACUGGCUUACAGUAGGAUUUUGUACUUUAUCACUGUUGGGACAUUUACAAAUUAAUUUGAUGAAACCUGAUAUAGCUACUUGGAGGCAAUUUAUCCUGUUAGUGAUUCCUGGGUUCGGUUAUUCCGUUCUCAUCACAGUUGCUCUGCUGGCCAUGAUUGCCGCUGUUCCUCAUAAUCAUCAUGCUGCUACUACUUCCAUCUCAUAUGCAUUUAGGUCGACUGGUUCAACCUUAGGUGUAUCUAUUGGUGGUGCCAUUUUCCGUCAAUCACUAAAUGGAUUACUCUCUCGUAAAGUACUCAAAUUUGCAGAUAAACAUCCAAGGAAAGAACUAUUGGAAAUUAUUGAAAAGGCUUCUAAAUCUUCAGAAUGGGUUCAUGAUUCUGCUCCAGAAUUUAUUCGCCCAACUUUAAUUGGUUGCUACCAUUUUGCCUGCAAGGAUACUUUUCUAUUUUGCACUUUGUGCUCCAUAGGUACAUUGGCUUCGAUAUCAAUCAUAAAAGAGUACAAAUUACACGCUUCCUUAGAUAGGAAGAAUUGA